AAAACUGGCAGCAUACCGAACAGAACAUAUAAUAUAAAAAAAGUUCAUUGCUCAUAGAAUUUUAAAUAGGAAAACAAACUUAAAAAUUUAAGACGUACAUGUUUUUAAACCACAGUCCAAAAAAUGCAAAUUUUACAUAUUGUCUUUGUCUUUUUAAUAUUUUCGAGUGCAAUUUGUGUUAAUAGUUCGCAAAUUUUUCGAAAAUUAUUUGGUGAAGUUUUAGUACCACAACAGCAGCGUUAUUAUAAUGCACAUUCAUAUCAGUAUCCUGUGUCGUCGUCAACUUAUCAACAAUAUCCACAAAAUACGAAUGGUUAUUAUUAUCAGCCACCACCACCACCACCAGCCAGAAGACAUCAUACUAGACAACGUCAAAGUCCAGUAAGACAAGAGAAAUCCUAUAAAGAUAUAUGUCAUAUGGUUCAUAAUGAUGGCUUUACGAAUCCAGGAAAUGUACCCAGAUGUCCGUAUUAGUGUAGAUUUAUUAUAUUUCUAUAAAUCAGUGACAAUUGAAGGGCUUAAUUAUGUAUUUUUUCUAAAUCAAAUAAAUUUCUACAUUUAGAUAUUUUAAAAUAUUUAUUUUAA